AUGGACACCAUAAACAAGACCCAAGUGAGAGAGUUUGUGUUCUCUGGACUCACUGACAAUGGAGAACUUGCACCGUUCCUCUUCAUGGUCUUCUUACAUGUCUACAUGGUGACUGUAGUGGGAAACAUCGGUAUGAUGGUCAUAGUCCAUAUCAGCUCCAACCUCCACACCCCGAUGUAUUUCUUCCUGAGCUACCUCUCCCUGGUGGACGUUUACUACUCCUCAGUCAUAACUCCUAAAAUGCUCUCUGAUCUUUUCUCCAUGACAAAGGCCAUCUCAUUUAUUGGGUGUGCCCUUCAGUUCAUCUUCUUCGCUGCCCUGAUAUGUACUGAGUGUCUACUGCUCGCAAACAUGGCGUAUGACCGGUAUGCUGCCAUCUGCCACCCUCUCCACUAUGUAUCUUUAAUGACCAAGAACAUAUGUAUGUAUCUGGUUGUCCUGGAUUUCUCCAUUGGUUUCAUGCAGUCAUUUGUGCUGACCAGCUGUGUGUUCAGUCUCCAGUUCUGUGGAUCCAACCUUAUAGACCACUUCUACUGUGACGUCCCUCCACUGCUCCAGCUGUCCUGCUCUGAUACUUUCUCCUGUGUCAUGGAAGCUGUUUCUUUCGUAGUUUCUUGUGCCUUGGGGCCAUUUCUAGUCAUCCUGAUCUCAUACAUCUUCAUCAUUACUUCCAUUCUACGGAUGAAGUCUGCCGAGGGCAGGCGGAAAGCAUUCAGCACCUGCUCCUCACAUCUCACCUGUGUCUCCGUCUUCUAUGUGACCAUUUUCUUCACUUACCUGCGCUCUCCCUCCAAUGUCUUAAAGAAGCAGAACAAGAUGACUUCUGUCUUAUAUACAGUACUGACUCCAUUGCUGAAUCCAUUUAUAUACAGCCUGAGGAACCAAGAGGUGAAAAGAGCCAUUAGGCGAAUACUGGGAGGCAGAUAUAACAUGUGCAGAGAGAGUUAG